AUGAGUAUAAGAGUAUUGGUAACAGGUGCAUCUGGUUUGCUUGGUAGAGCAUAUUGUAGAGUAUUGAUGUCUGAGCAGUAUAAGAAUCAAUUCGAGUUGCUUGGACUGGCGUAUUCACGUUAUGAUCUAUAUAAAGAUACAUACCCUCUGGCCAAGGUCAAUAUGGAUGAUAAGGAACAUCUCAAAGCCACAGUAACAGCAUUCAAACCAAACGUCAUUAUACAUUGUGCUGCAGAACGUAGACCAGAUGUCUGUGAGAAUGACAAAGACAGAGUUAUAAAGUUAAACGUUCUGUCAACAGAGUAUCUCUCAGAUCUUGCCAAACAAUUGAAUGCAUACUUGUUCCUAAUCUCGUCAGACUAUGUGUUUGAUGGCAAGCAUCCACCAUAUUACCCAGACUCUGUUACCAAUCCACUGUCAUUCUAUGGUGAGACAAAGAAGGAGUCAGAGAUAGUUGCCACCAGAUCAAACUCGAGAAAUGUUAUACUUAGAGUACCAGUACUUUAUGGACAGGUAGAGACACUUGGCGAGAGUGCAGUGACAGUGGUUGCUGAACAACUAUUAAAGAAUCCAAACAAUGAUGUUGACAAUUGGCAGAUACGUUAUCCAACUCUGGUGGAUGAUGUUGCCAAGUGUUCAAUCAUGUUGAUACAGAAGAAGACUCAGGACGAUCAGUUGGUCAAGGGAGUGAUUCAAUUCACUGGCACUCAACGAAAGACUAAAUAUGACAUGGCUGUGGACAUGUCCAAACUUCUCAACAUUGAUCCAGCCAGCAUCAAAGCAGCCAACCAUCCACCAUCUGGCGCACCCAGGCCACACAACGCUCAACUUGACCUCACCGCAACAAAGAACAUACUUGACGGUCAACAACUGCCAGACACUCCAUUCGACACUGAGAUCGUCAAGGUCAUCCAGCCAUUCGUCAAACAG